AUGUCGCAGUUCGAGGCGUACAACUGCAACUGCGCAGUGGACACACCGCUUGGCGAUGAACGUUUGUGCGGUUUUGCAUUCAUGGCUACCGAGAACUACCGUGCAAUGGGGCUUGAAGAUUGUCAGCAGCGGAAUCUGAAGUCAACUGCUUCGGAAUGCGAAGUCUUCAUCCAGACUUUGGAAGGCACGCUCUUCGACUUUACGUUCGACCACGGAGCGACGAUUCCCGUGAUUCCCACGUCACAAACCUGCCUUUUGUACAAGGAGGUUCGCACGAAGUCCGGCAGCAACAAGAUUGGGCGGAUGGUGAACAUGCAGAUGACUGAUGAGACCGUUGUCGGUGCAGAGUAUUUGAUGGAGGAUGACUCUGCUGCUUUCCUGCAGAUCGCAACGGCCGGCGCCGGGAAGCUGUACACUGACCUGUGCAACUGCGAGGACAAAUGCCCACCAACCGUUCAGGAUGCCCAACACAUCUUGACGAAGAGCUGCAUGGAACACCACCAGUCGAACUGCCUGCGUCUUGUCUCCCGCCUAUUCAGCGGCUCGAUGCCUUCGGAUCCAUACACUCGCAGCGACAGCCUGUGCAAGAAGAUCAAGUCAUUCCGUGAUAACACGCAGGCGAAGGCAAAGUCCUCGAAUUUUGCAGACGACAUGCUGCGUCGGUCUAUAUAUCCUCAGGCAGCUUCCCUUGCAGAAGCGGACAAGGUUACAGUGGGCAAAUCCCUGACCCCGUAA